GUCAUCACGCUGCACUUCCUGUUUUGGACUUGUUGCGGGAAAAACCAGCGUGUUGACAUAAUUUGAACCGGUUUAUCUCCAUUUACAAAGACUGUAGUGUGGGUUUUCAGAUGGAACUAGGAUUAAACUAAUCCAGGUAUCCCUGACUUCUGGAGAGCCUCUUCAUCAGCAUCCAUGCAGUCACAGGGGACUGAAUCCUCGCUGUCGGGCCUGGUGCCUGUAGCUGACGUCAUCAACUCCAUCCGGGAGCGCACAAUCGCAGAGAACAGCAUGGUGGUCCUGCUGCAGGGUCUGCAGGGCGAGGUGACCACGGUGGACCUGAGAGACGAGAGCACGGCGCGGGGUCGCGUGAUCAACGUGGACGCCUUCAUGAACGUACGUCUGGCGGACGUGCUGUUCCGGGACAGACGGGGUAAGCUCACCCAGCUGCAGGACCUGUUUAUCACGGGCAGGAACGUCCGCUACGUCCACAUCCCGGACCACAUGGACAUAAUGAAGACCAUACAGAGCCAGCUGGCCAAGAUCCACCGCGUCCGCAACUUUGGUAGUCAUGGAGGAGGCAGAAAAGAAUACGCCAAGAAAACAAAAUGAAACUCAAUUUCUUUUUGGUAGAAGGACGGAAAACUCAGUUGAGUACUGCUUGUGCAAGACUUGUCCAAAAAUACUUAUUUUUGUCCAGAUUUG